AUGAGUCUUCCAGAGUUUGAUGUAACCGGACAGAAAGUAUUGAUUACCGGCGCGGGCCGGGGCAUCGGCAAGGGCAUCGCCCUGGCCUUUGCCGAAGCUGGAGCAGACGUGGCCAUCACCGGCCUCACCGAUACCGGUGUCAAUGCCGUGGCCGAGCAAAUAACGGGCCUGGGCCGCACGGCCCUGCCCCUGACCGGCGACGCCACCAAGGCCGCUGAUAUGGACCGCAUCGCCGAGCAGACCCUUGCUGCAUUCGGCCACCUCGACACCCUGGUCACCUGCGUGGGGGACGCCAUCCGUAAGCCGGUGGUCAAGCUGCCCGGCAUUGCCGUUGACGGUAUGAGCGAAGAGGAAUGGCACUUCAUAGUUGACGUCAACCUGACCGAGGCCUUCCAGGGAUGCCGCGCUCUCGGCGGCCACCUGCUGGACCGGAGGCAGGGUUCCGUCGUCAACAUCUCCGGCUGGGCCGCGUUCCGAGGACGCCAGGGCUCCGCUGCUUACGACGCCGCCAAGGCCGGGGUCAUGCGCUUCACCGAGUCGCUGGCGCAGGAAUGGGCCCCCUACGGCGUCCGUGUUAACUCCGUUGCCCCGGGCAGUUUCCCCGACCCGGCCCAGAUGUCCGAUGAAGCCUACCAGGCCCGCCAGGAUGCCGCGAAGGAACAGGUCCCGCUGGGUCGUGUGGGCUACCUCAAGGAAAUUGGCUACCUGUCCGUCUUCCUGGCCUCCCCAGCCGCCGCCUACGUAACCGGCCAGACCUGGGCUGUGGAUGGCGGGGUUAGUAUCAAGAGCGGGUAG